AUGGGAAACCACAACUCCACUCUCCCCAUGAACAUCAAGAACGUUCCUCCUAAAGUAUUGGCAAUGUUGGCAGACGAAAAGCAUAGAUCCAAGCUCUUGGCAGAUGUCCAGUCCAGUUUCACAGCGAACAGUGAUAGUGGCAAUCCGGGGGUUGACUCGACUGCCGAGUUGGACUACAUCAUGCAGGGUCUCGUGAAAGCCAGCAAAAAGGACAAGACCAACAAGAGCAAGAAGAUUGGCAUCAAGAGAACCAAGGCGCAUUCAGAGUCAGGCUCAACAGCCAAGGCAUGCCCCAGCCAACACACUGCCACAGACAACAAACCAAGCCCAAAGAAAGAAGAUGCAAACAUGCGCAGCAGUAAUCACAGUCUGGAACCUCAAGAGAUCGUGAACCUGUUGGAGCAGUUUGCCACAAAGGAUUGCAACACGGGCAUGGCAUUCCUCAGGGCCUUGCAGGCACACCAACCAACGACCAAGUAUCACAAUGGCAACAAUGCCGACAUCAAGGCCCCCAAGGCUGCCUAA